AUGUGCACUCUUGAGAAGCGCGGUGAUCUCUUCUUCCUAACCCUAACCGGCGACGACGAGCACCGCCUCAGCCUAACCCUCAUCGACUCGCUCCUCUCGGCUCUCUCCCAAGCCAAGUCCCAAGCCACUCGCGGCUCGGUCCUGGUCACCACCGCCCACGGCAAGUUCUUCUCCAAUGGCUUCGACCUCGGCUGGGCCCAAGCCGCCGGCUCCGCCUCCGCCGCACUCGCCCGUCUCAGCAAGAUGGUCGCCGCCCUCGCCAGAUUCUUAUUGGCUCUGAGCCACGACUACUUCCUGAUGAGGCGCGAUAGAGGCGUGCUGUAUAUGAGCGAGGUCGAUUUGGGGCUGCCAUUCCCAGACUACUUCACGGCGGCGUUUCUGGCGAAGAUGGGGUCGGUUUCGGGUAGGAGGGACGUGAUGCUGAGGGGGAUGAAGCUGAAGGGAGACGAGGCUGUCAAGCUUGGGAUUGUGGAAUCGGCGCACGAUAGCGCGGAGAGCACGGUGGAGGCUGCGGUGCGCCUGGGGGAGCAGUUGGCGAAGAGGAAGUGGAACGGCGACGUUUACGCGGAGAUCAGGAAGAGUUUGUAUCCGGAGUUGUGCGGCGUUGUUGGAGUGGCGGUUGCUACUCCAAAGGCAAAGCUUUGAUUCCUCGUGUGUUUCGAUCAAGCGUUUAAGAAAAUAAUUUGAAAGGGGCUUAAAUUGAAAAUGAUGAUUUCAGUGUUUGAGGUCAGUGAACGCCUAGAACAUGGUAUUAUCAUUCUGGUAAUUAAUCCAAUGGAUGAAUAUAAUAAGUGAAAUAAAAACGGUGUGUUUUUAUUUUUUUGGUUUUAAUUUAUUUAAGUUCAUUGCAUUUAGAAAAUGCGUAAAUGUUUGGACUUAAAAUGGGAGGGUCGGCCAAAGUGAGCCAACCCU